CAACACUGCUCUUACCGAAGUCAGUUUUUCCGAGACCCUCUUGUCACAGGCUCUGUUUCACCUUACACCUGCAGUGGGCCAGUUUCAGUUGGUGGAGAGCCCACAUCCACUUUCCUGUAGGCCUCUGGUUAGAAGCAUGCAUGGCUGGCUGCUCCUGGUCUGGGUCCAGGGGCUAACACAGGCUGCCUUCCUCACGGCAGGAGCCACGGCAGGCACGAUAGAGACAAAGGGGAACAUCUCUGCAGAGGAAGGUGGCUCUGUCAUCUUACAGUGUCACUUCUCCUCCGACACAGCUGAAGUGACUCAAGUUGACUGGGAGCAGCGGGACCAGCUUCUGGCCAUUUAUAAUUUUGACCUAGGGUGGUCUGUCUCUUCAGUCUUCAGUGAGCGGGUGGUUCCAGGCCCCAGCCUAGGCCUCACCUUCCAGUCACUGACAAUGAAUGACACAGGAGAGUACAUCUGCACCUAUCAUACGUAUCCUGAUGGGAUUUACAAGGGGAGAAUAUUCCUGAUGGUCCAAGGAAGCUCAGUGGCUCAGUUCCAGAUUGCCUUGCUUGGAGGAACCAUGGCAGGUGUGCUGGGACUCAUUUGCUUAAUGGUCACAGGAGUACUGGCUAGAAAGAAGUCUAUUAGAAUGCAUUCUAUAGAAAGUGGCGUGGUCCGGAGAACGGAAGCUGAGCCACAGGAAUGGAGCUUGAGGAUUCUCUCAUCCCCUGGAGGCCCCGCCCAGACACAAGCUGCCCCUGAUGGCCUCUGUGGAGAGCGGGCUGAAGAUGACUAUGCUGACCCACAGGACUACUUCAAUGUCCUGAGCUACAGAAGCCUAGAGAGCUUCAUUACUCUAUCGAAGACUGGCUAAGGACAGCUCUCUCUCCCUCUCCCUCUCCCUCCUUUUGUCUCUCUGUCUCUGUGUCUCUGUCUCCGUCUCUCUCUGUGUAUUCAUGUGUGUGUGUGUGUGUGUGUGUGUGUGUGUGUGUGUGUGUGUGUGUAUGAGAGAGAGAGAGAGAGAGAGACACUGAAAGGCACCUUCUUUUCCGGCUUCAUUUCUUCUACCCUUCUUUUCUGUUUCUCUGUGACAGACGCAAGGUAAAUCAUUUUAACUUGACUAUAAAUGGGAUUUUUAACAUUGAUCUUUAUUUUAUGUGUAUGAGUGUUUGUCCUGCAUGCAUGUAUGCCGUAUAUGGUUGGUGUUUUUAGAAGUCACAAGAGGGCAUCAGGUCUCCUAGAACUUGAGUUAGAGACAGUUGUGAGCCACCAUGUGGGUGCUGGGAAUCAGACCCAGGUCUUCUGCAAGAAUAGCAAGCGCUCUUGAAAGCUUUUUCCAACUUGGAAAAAUUUCCCUUUUCCCUUCCUUCCUUCCUUCCUUCCUUCCUUCCUUCCUUCCUUCCUCCUUUCCUUCCUUCCUUCCUUCUUUCCUUCUGUCCUUCCUCCC